AUGGAAAAAUAGUUGUUUACUAGACUCAAAUUUUUAUAAACAAAAACUUUAAACAGAACCUCAAUUUUCUACAACACAAAAGUUAGAGGUCUCGAUAGUUUGUUUAAUCACUGCAUUUUUGAGGCUUUCAGUUUUCUUUCUUUCUUUCUAUUAGUCAUCGCACACAUAUACAAACCUUAUAACUAAUUUUUAAAUGUUAAAUAUGUAUGUAUGUAGAGUAUUUAUUUAGUUAAAAGGAAUUUUAGCAAAUUCAUAUUUUAAAUUCAUACAAAAUAAAGAAGAAGCCAUGAAUAUACAAAGAAUUCUUUCAUAUUUAUAAUCAAUAUCUUCAUGACAUUCUAUAUUUAUUUUUGUAAGAAAGAUAUCAUAUCAUAUCAUAUCAUUCAAAAGUUACAGAAAAAGCAAAGCUUUUUUUCAUGCGUGCAGUAGCUCUAAGCAGCUAAAGAGAAUAUUAUAUAACCAUCUAGCAAUUAAUUUCAAUCGAUCUUUGAGGAGUUUUUCAAAGCUUGA